CAGAUAUAUGCUUCCUUGCAGGUUGGGAUCCUAGCAGACAAGUUUGGCCGCAGGAGAUUAUGCAUUGCAUAUAGUUUUCUUUAUGCCAUCUCAUGCCUCACCAAAGCUUCCCCAGUGUUCUCCGUUUUGAUGAUAGGACGUAUUCUGGGUGGAAUCUGCACCUCCAUCUUUUUCUCAACAUUCGAAGCAUGGUAUGUUCACCAGCACAGCCAGAAAUUCCACUUUCCACAUCAGUGGAUCAACUUAACAUUGGCUAAAGCAACGUUUUAUAAUGGUGUUCUUGCAAUUUUUGCUGGUGUUGUGUCAAACAUUGCUGCAGAAUGGGCCCAGUUUGGUCCUCUCUCUCCAUUCAUGAUUGCAGUACCCUGUUUUUUAAUAUCAGCAUUUGUAACAAUGUACAUGUGGGAGGAAAAUGACAUUAAAUCUACCUACGCUCUUAAUUACAGUUGUGCUUCACUUGAAGCUAUUUUUAGAACACGAAGUAGUUCAGUUUUAUGUUUAGGAAUAAUCCAAUCACUCUUUGAAUCAGUGAUGUACACUUUUGUGUUCCUUUGGACACCAGCCCUUGAACCAUUAAGGCCUCCACUAGGGAUUGUCUUCUCAUGUUUCAUGCUUUGUAUCAUGAUUGGUUCAUCUAUAUAUUCAUUCCUUCUAGCACGAAAUUGCUUGGCAGAACAUCUGCUACGUAUGUCAUUUUUCCUUGCUCUUGUUGCCAUAAUCCUGUCAGCUGGAGCAAUGAAAAUGGUCUCCUUAUAUCCACAAGAUACAGGAAAAUAUACAUUAGUUGCUUUCUUUGCUUUUCUCCUAUAUGAAGUUGCUGUGGGAAUGUACUUCCCAGCAAUAGGGUACCUUCGAAGUCAGAUAAUUCCAGAACAAUUCCGAGCAAGCAUAGCAAAUUGGUAUCGUAUUCCUAUGAAUAUGUUCACCUGUUUAAGUCUUCUUUGGUUUAAGAACAGUGUACACAGUGACAAGGAAUUU